ACAAUUUGGAUCCUUUCGUUUGCAAACUACAGCCCGAAUCCAUAGCAACGCAGAAGCGCGAAGUGCUUGCCAAAGAGUAAACAAACACUUAUUUUUUUGGUGCUCGUAGUGAGCGGCUAGCGCCGUGAUUUUCCAUUUUCUGUUUCCUCUGCAUAUCUCCCUUCCUUGAAUCAAAUAACUAUAUUUGAUUCAAAAAUGAGUCGCCUUUAUGACACCGUUGAACCUGCGGUAAUCGAUGAUGAAAUGCUCAGAAAAGCUGUAGAAGAGCAAGGCCCGAAGGAAGAAGCUGGUCGAAUUGCAAAACAAGAAGGAAUUGAUUACAAAGACGUGUUGUCAUUAAGACUAGAUUUUAGAAAUAUAUUGAAGAUUGAUAAUCUUUGGCAAUUCACAAAGCUGACAAAAUUACAAUUGGAUGACAAUAUUAUUGAGAAAAUUGAAGGAUUAGAUCAAUUGGUCAAUUUAGUAUGGCUGGAUUUGUCUUUCAACAACAUAGAAGUGCUGGAAGGUUUAUCAAAAUUGACCAAGUUAGAAGAUCUGACUUUGUACAGCAACAGAAUAUCUCGACUAGAAAACAUGGAUUCCCUCAAGAAUCUACAUGUACUUUCUGUGGGAAAUAACAAGCUUAAUCAGCUUGACAAUCUCAUCUACUUGCGUCGUUUCACUAAUUUACGAACAUUGAAUUUAUCUGGUUGUCCAGUAUGUGAUGAUCCAGGAUAUAGGUUAUUUACUGUCGCUUAUCUCUCACAUCUCGUGUAUUUGGACUUCAGAUUAAUUGAUGAAGACACGAGGAACAAAGCUCACAAUCUCUAUGAAAACAAGCUAGGGGAAUUGAUGCAUAAUGAAAAACAGAAAGAAAAAGAACUAGAAAGGAAAAAAGAAGAAGAACAAGAAUUACAAAAUGAAAAGGAUGCUUAUGUCGAAUACUUGAAUGGUUCAUUCCUAUUUGAUUCACUUUACACUGAAGAUCCAGAAGGACAAAAACUUGCUACUUUGCCUGGACUGGAAGAAAUGCUGCAGGAUUUCAAAGAUAAAUUUAUCGAUGUAUGUCAUAAAAUAUACGAGUAUGGAAUGAAAGAACAUGGAAGAAGGACUCAUGAAGUUGAUGAAUUUAUGCAAUGUGUCGCAGAUGCAAAAGUUGAGAACAAAAAAUUGGGAACAACUGACAUUGAUAAAUUUGAACAAUAUAAACGAAAGGUUUUUGCUGAAUUAGUAGUUACAAGUGACGCUACAAUAUUGGAAAGCAAAAUAAGUGAAUAUCAUGAAACUGUCAAUAAGUUAUGGGAUACCUUGAUGGCCUUUGAAAUGCAACUUGUGGACCAAUUGGAAGAAACAAUAAAAGAUUUUGAACGAAAUUUGGCCGAUAUGAUGACAAGUUUCGUGGAAUAUGUGCAAGGGCUCAUAUCACAAAUUCGUGAAUUGGAAAAUAAUCACAAUGAAAAAUUAUUGGAAAUGUCAAUGGUUAUUUUGGAAAAAGUUGUUAAAAAUGAAAUGGAAGAAGAAUUACCUGAAGAUAUUAGAAUGCUUUUUGUUGACAAAGAAACAAUCGUCAACGCUAUAGGCGCAUCUCAUGACGUUCAUCUUUUGAAAAUCGACAACCGUGAAGAUGAUAUAGUCACUCGUAGUGGGGCGUGGCUUACAGCGCUGAUCGCAAAAAUCCAUGCAGAGGAAACGACUCGGAACAGAAAACGAGUCGUUGAAAUAUCAAACUACAUCGACCAUUUACGCGAAGACGUCGAUACAUUGGAUAUGCAGGAUGCACAUACAUAAUUUUCCCUUACAUUCAACUUUUGUGUUUUAUAUUUUAUAAUCUAAUAUUAAACCAAUUGGAGUUGCGCGGUGGAUAUACGAGAGCUCACUUUAUCAGUGUCCCAUGUGUGAUUGAAGAUCCGCCUAAUUAUUAAAGUAUACCGCAUUUCGCCUCGUAUAAUAUGCACUUUCAAGGCCAAAUUUCAAGUUCAGAAUAAAAAAGUGCUUAUUAUGUAAGGAGGGAGAAAUGCGGUAUAUAUAUAACUAAUAUACCCACUGUAAGUAUUUUGAAGUUUAAAUAUAAUAUAGCUUUAUUUUUGUCAAAAAUAUUCUCAGUGAAUACUCUCGAAACUCAA